AUGCAACCAUUACGAAGCAUCGGAAUAUUAUCUCGGUGUAUUGUUGCAUCAUUAUCGGCUGCUGAAACGGUUUUCAAUUUAUUCGAUCGAAAACCAAUUAUUGACAACGAUUCCGAUGCUGGACUAGAGUUGCUACGUGAUAUGAUCGAUUUAGGCGAAUCAGGAUCUGGAAAAUCAACAACUAUGCAACUAUUACAACGAUUCUAUGAUGCUACAAAAGGAAACAUCCUUCUUGAUGACGUUGAUAUUCGAACGUUAAAUAUACAUGGGGUUCGUUCACAGUUCAGUUUGGUUAGUCAAGAGUCUAUUUUGUUUGAUUUAACAAUUGCUGCAAAUGUAGCGUAUGGGAUAGAAGAAGUUCCAAUGGACGAUAUUAUCAAUGCAGUAAAACGAGCUAAUAUUCAUCAUUUCAUUGAACAGUUACUUCAAGGUUAUAACACAAGAGUUGGAAUGAAAGAUAGUUUUUUUUUAUCAGGUGAUGAGAAACAACGUAUUGCUAUUGCUCGAGUUCUGAUUUGUCGACCUAAAGUAUUGCUCUUAGAUGAAGCUACAAGUGCCACGGAUUCACAUAAUGAACAAAUUGUACGAGAAGCUCUCGAACAAGCACAAACAGAAGAUCAAAAUCGAGCAUCACUGAUUAUUUCUCAUCGCCUUUCAACUAUUCGUUCGUGUGAUUCGAUUUGUGUACUCAACAAGGGAAAAGUAAUCGAGAAUGGUACUCAUACAGAAUUGUUCGUUACUAGCACUGAUCCAAAUGAAUUCACCAAUUUCGAUUUAAAUCCAAAGUUUGCAAUAUUGAAUUCAACAAGCACAACGAAGUUUCUCUGUACAAAAAGUAAAGAAGAUGAUCUUGAUUUUGAUAUUAGCUUAAUACCAGCAAUAUCAUCUAAGAAUUUAAAAGUCUAUAAAAAUCUUCUUAAUCAUACUGCUAUGGAAAUUCUUAUUGAAUCAUCUGGUUAUAUUGGUGCUUUCCAUUUGAUUUGUUCGUCAAUCACUCAUAAAAGUGCAAGUGCACAAUCAGAUAUCACGAUCGCUCCACCUGAUUUAUUUAAACGUGUAGGAGGCUGCGUAGUUUAUGAAAAUAAAUAUAUCAAUUGCAAAAUUUAUGCGCCCGAAAUGGUAGCUGGGAUUCAAAAUCAAAAUCCACACUAUUUUGAUUUUAGAGAAAAUCAUGAAUUUUCUAAAGAAAAUUUCUAUCAUGAACGACCUGAAUUAAUCGAAAUUGAUAUUGACAAUAAAACAUUAACAUUUCGAUGGCUUCCAAAAAAAGAUGGUGUUUUUCCAUUGAACUUAGAAAUGCUUGUACAUGGAACUUUACAAUAUUUUGAUUCGACUUAUUAUAUAUUGAAUAUGACACCAAGUUUCUUCAUAAAACCAAAUUUUACUAUUCAAUAUCUCUCCUCAACUAAUUUUAAAGUUCAUUUUAAUCAUGGAACAUUUUCAUCGCCUUUACUCUGUCGUGGAAAUUUAACAAGAGAUGAUAAAUUAAUAAGUUUAAAACAAGAACAACAUUCAAGAACUUUUUAUGAAACUAAUCAAACGACGAUCAGCAUAAACAAUUUGACACCUAAUACAAGUUAUCAAUUAUGUUUUGAAUGUCAUCAAGAUCCAUCUGUUACUACAAUCACCGAAUUACAAUGUACAAGAGUACAAACAAAACAGUCAUGGAAUUGGCUUAUAUAUCUAAUUAUUUGUAUCGUUAUAAUGUUCAGUUUACUUGGUGUUUUUAUCAUUUUAGGACGCGUCUGCUAUUUUAAAUAUAAAUCGAUGAAACGUCAAGAUGCGAAAAUCAAUGCAGAAACUCAUGAACCAGGAAGCCAAAAUAGUGAAAAUCCAAUAGAAUUGCAGCCAUUGAAAUCAGCACCAGUUGAACUUGCAGACAUAGCAGAAAAUCUAUAA